GUUGUCUCUGACUCCUUUCCCCUUUCCCAUCAGCAAACAGCGGAACCCGCACUGGGUUUCGUUCGAGAGCCGCUCGAGCGGCGCCCCCCGACUGACGGGCCAUCGCCGACAUCUACCAGGACAGACAGGUCACGGCCUGGAACCGCCUCACUCAUGGCACCGUCGACCCGGCCGUCUUCAACGCCGGCCUGGAGGAUAUGUUUGCCGAGAGCCUCCGGGACCCGGACGAGGUCCUCUUUGUCGCCCGCGACGACGACCACCCGGGCCGCAAGGCCGUCAGCUAUGUCAACCUCGUCAUUAAGCCCGCCCUGGCUUCCAUGACGGAAGAGGAGAUCGAGCAGCAAAAUGCAAAAUACCACGCCCGCCUCAUGCCAGGCCUCAACGGACCCCUGCUCAUCGAGAUGUGGGAGAAGUUGGACCGCAUGCGGGAGCAGGUGCUCGCAGGCAGGGGACGACACUGGUUCCUCGACAACGUGGGCACCCUGCAGGCAUACCAGGGGAAGGGCAUCGCGACACUGUUGCUCCGCAGGGUGCUCGCCGAGUACCCGGACCGCGACGGCCUGCCCAUCUUCCUGGACACGUCCGGCGACGAGGACGGAAGGGCGUGGCCGCUUUACGAACGGUUGGGUUUCGCCAAGGUGGGAGGGUUCGAGAUUGACAUGACUCCCCAUGGGUGCGAGGGCGUACAUCACCAUCUUGGGAUGUUGAGGGAGCCGCAGAGUGCGAAGUAGGAUCGGCGAGGGACAUGCUCCAAAGUUCAAGUUUGAUCAGAUCAAUUUCAUCUUCCAAGUUACUAGUAUAGCCGAUAGACUCCAUGACAGACGAUGAGACCAGCACAUCCCCCAAGGUCCUUCCAGCCUUUAUACCGAGUUUUAAUAUCCAAGCCCUGGACCCCAUCUCAGCGCAGCCUCCCUCCCGUCUCACAGUACACCACCCCGCCUGCCUUCUCCUCAACCGUCCCAUACCCAUCGGCCGCCCACUCCCUCAGCACGUCCAAAAACACCUCCUCCCUGGCAGUCGGGGCAGCGGCAGCGCUGAGGUGGAUGGUCAGCCGCCGCAGCUCCGGCAGGCCCUCCCGCACGCACCGCAUCAGCGGCGUCCACACACCCCACGACACGGGCACGCCGAGCUGGCUGUCCGGGAGCCGCGGGUGCUUUGGUUCGAUGCGCUGCAGGAACAGGUGGUCCUUGAAGUGGGUGAAGGCGAGCUGCAGGCUGCGGACUUUGGUUCGGUGCGGGUGCGGGUGCUGCACGAAGAAGCGGUAGGCGUCCUCUGAGGCGGUGAAGAUCAGGGUCGUCGACUCGAAGAAGGAUUCUAUUGCUUCGGCGUAUCUGGGGGUUGAGGUUAGCAGAGACACACAAAGCAGAUCAUGUGGACCAUCUAUCCACCCAGCUUGGGGUGAGAUAAUUUCGAGUGCCAGCAUGUGACUUACACCCUCCGGCUGGUCAGGAACACGGGCAGGUAGCCGCUGGAGCCCAGGCCCCUCUCGUCCGCACACGUCCCGUCCGACCUCGCCCGCCAUGAGAGCAUCGCCUCGGCCUGGCACUUCCAGUGCGGCGAGCCCCAUCUCAUGCGCAGCCCCCAAGCAUGCCAGAACCACCGCGGCGGCUGAUUCCUCCCCCUCCAGCCGGGCCACGGGUCCGUCCUCAUCGGGUCGUCCUCCUCCGCCUCCCUCGUCUCCUGCACGGACAGCGAGCAUGAAGAGGACGGGGUUGAGGUGGUGGUGGUAGUGCAGCAGGGAGUGUGUGUCAACCGGGCCCCGUCACAGGCGGCGUGGAUGUGCAGCGCCAGGGUCGGGUUGGACAGCCUCCAGACGUGGGUGUAGACCAUGCGGCGGACCUCCGGCGGUAGGCUGUUGAAGAAGGCGGAUUGGAUCUGGGGGUCGGCUUCUUGGAGCUGGACUGCGUGGCAUGUUGAGUCCAUCAUUGCACGUGAUGAAGACGGCUUCGCGUCUUGAGCGUCUGAUGCGGGUGGCGGGGCUGGCGGUGAGUGGUCUGGGGCAAACGGGUGUGCAAUCCUUGUAUCAUCAUCACCGUCGCCGCCAACGCCGUCCUCGUCGUGAUCCGGAUCGUCGUGCGUAUCCGAGCCCAUACAUGAUGCCUUGCGCAGACGCGCGCGGACGUGGUGCAACCGCUCAAAGCUCCGAGGGGGGUUGGCGAUCCUCGCCAUGGCAAAGGCACGCAGUUUAAGUGUUUGACUGAUGAAGAGACGUGCUGAACAGUUUGUUGAGGUUGAAUGGGUCUUGGUUGAUAAGGUCUAUGAGAAGAAGUGCGGAUCUUGGAUGAGGUGAAACAUCAAUGCAUGUCCAGGCCAGGGCCGUGCCGGGCCG